AUGGUAGCUGCUCCAGACACGGCUUCACUCCCAUGCAAUGCCUAUGAGCUGAGAGAUGCAAUCUACCAGCAUCAUGGAAUCACCAUAGCCCUCGAAAGCAUAUCCUACUAUGGGCCAGGAUUUUUCCUUCGCCUACCCACACCAGCUGCCAAAACCCACCUGCUAACCAACUGUUUCAUAAGCAUCAACAAUAACAACUUCGUAUUCAUGCCAUGGAAACCACAAAACGGUGCCACCUCAGUUCCACUACAGGAUUUGCUCAGAUCCAAUCCAUUAAAUCUGCACCUCGCUAAGGAUACCCCUACAAAUGAACCAUACGAGCGACUCAUCAUCUACAUCUCGGGCAUGCCACCGCACCUAUGCUCCAACUCAGUCCUAUACCGACUGUUUGAUAGACUUUGCACUAUCAAUGAAAUAAACUUCAUAUCUGCUACCCUCCAAUAUGAGAUAACAGUCCAUGGCCAGCUCUCUGCACUGCCCCUCCAGGCCCACAUAGGUCUCAGAAACGCACCAGCGACCAAUGAUAUUAUCGAUAUCUGGCCACUGAAAUAUGAAAUACUCACAGAGCAAAUGCAAGGCAGGGACACUCCACCAGAGGAACACAUCUCAUAUUCGAGGAGACUCAGUGCUCGAUACGUCAGACCGCCGUGA